GAGACACUGAAGACAGAACGCCACCGCUGGAUUUCAAGGGUCGGUUUGUUUUCUCCACCAGCUCCAGAAACACUCGAAGCCCACCCAGGGGAGGAGGAGGAGGAGGAGGAGGAGGAGACGGUGCCUCGUCCACCGCGUCAACGUGGACAUGUUCGAUUCCAGCGGCGUCGCGCGGCUGCAGGAGGUGUCCAACAUGUCGGACAUCGACAAGGCGACUCCUCACGGCUGCGACAACGGAGCUCUGACGGACCGGUUCGGGGUCCUGAUCCAGGCGCUGCUCGCCGCGGUCGCCUUCAGCACGUUGAUGCUGAAGAGAUUCCGUGAGCCUGCCGGGAUCAGACGACCGUGGAGGAUCUGGUUCUUCGACACGUCCAAACAGGCCAUCGGCGCCCUCUUCAUCCACUUCGCCAACGUCUUCCUGUCCACGCUCACCAAAGAAGACCCCUGCUCCCUGUAUCUGAUGAACUUCCUGCUCGACGCCACGCUGGGCAUGCUGGUCAUCUGGCUCGCCGUCAAGUUGGUGUCCAAGCUGGUGGAGUACAAGCAGUGGACGCUGCUCAUGUUCGGAGAGUACGGUCAGUGACUUCUUCUUCUUCUU